CGAUAUUGCUCAAUACCGAGCUCAAUACUACUCUGUAUUAUGAAGUACUGCCCAACCCAAUAAUCUCACCAAGACUCCAACCAAACAGCCCCUACAAAAAUUCGAGAAUAAACGAUAAUGGGCCUACCCUGAAUUGGCCUACAGCAAUCGGCACGCCAAGCAGCAUCUCCGCAGCAUCGGCGUUGGCGAUGAUGCCCUGCAACUCUUCCUCGUCAGAGAGAAACACUCCUCUGUCCCUCCAAUCCGCCGGUCGGUGCGUGCAAUCUCUCACCUCAAAUAUUCUAUCUCGUUUACCCUUCUCUACCCUCGUUCCCGGCUGCACCGCCACCCCUUCCAAAAUUAUUACGCCGCCGCCGUUGCCGCUGGUUUCCUUUGUCACCGUACCCGUGCUCCUGCCCUCAACCUCAUCCUCUUUGUUCUAUUCUCCUGGCCGGAGCCAGAACCAGGCCGCGCCCCCGUCCUCGGUAAGGAGCCUCUCAUCGAGCGUUCGAGUGGAUGGACUGGGCUCUAGCGGAAAGGGUGGGGGCGGCGGAGGACCCGCUUUUGUUGGACAGGUCUUCAGCAUGCUUGAUCCCUCGGGCAAUGGCCUUAUGGCCGUCACGUCGCAUUUUGACAUCCCCUUCAUCACUAAAAGGUUGCCAGAGUGGGUUAAGAAGUUGGUUGUAAGGGUAGGCAAGAAUGAAGAAAAUGGACCAGUUUUCCGCUUUUUUAUGGAUUUAAGUGAUGCAGUUACAUAUGUGAAAAGGAUGAAUGUUCCAACUGGAAUGGUGGGUGCUUGCCGCCUUGAUGCAGCGUAUGAACACUUCAAGGAGAAGCCUCAUAUGUUCCAAUUUGUUCCAAAUAAAGAGCAGGUUAAGGCAGCUAAUAAAUUGCUGCGAACAAUUCCAAAGAAGGGUGAAAGAAGAAAAGUUCAUGGAGUUCCUGUUUUUACAGCAAAUAACUUGAACAUUGCAAUAGCAACAGCUGAUGGUAUCAAAUGGUAUACCCCAUACUUUUUUGACAAGAACUUGCUAGAUAACAUUCUUGAGGCUUCAAUUGAUCAGCACUUCCAUACAUUAAUCCACAGCCGUCAUAUGCAACGGAGGCGUGACAUUGUAGAUGAUGGCUUCGCUGCUGAAAUUGAGGAACAUAUUGAUAGUUUAUUUGAGCCUCCAGAGGUUCAAGAAUUGUUGGAUGAAAUGGGUCAUCCUGGAGUACCUCUUAGUGUCAUGUCAAAGGCAGCUGAGAUCCAACUCCUUGAUGUUGUUGACAAAGCACUACUAGGGAAUAAGUGGUUGAGGAAAGUCACUGGUAUUCAGCCAAAGCUUCCAUAUCUAGUUGAUUCAUUUGAAGAAAGGAGCGCAGCUUGUUUCCAGAAGAAUUCUGCAUUAGCCAGUUCUGCUACUAAUCCCCAAAUUCUCCAGCAUAAUGAGGACAGACUGAAUCCCUUUGCUUCCGAUACUGAUUCAAUUGAAAGCACUAAGGGAGAUAAUGCCCAACCAAUUAGUCAAAUGAACUAUCAGUUUCCAUUUGGAGACUGGUUAUCAAAUCCAUGGUCAAGGCUACAGGGAAAGCAACAUAAAUCUAAAGGCAACAUAUCCAAUCCAAGAAUGAUGAAAUCUGAUGAGAAUGAUAUUAACAAAGUUCCCCCUAAUCCUCUUCUUCCAAAAAUCACAAUGGUUGGUGUGUCAAUGGGGGAAGGAGGUCAGAUGAACAGAGCUAACUUGAAGAAAACCAUGGAAGAUUUGACCAAGGAGUUGGAGCAGGCAAGUCAGGCAUCAGGAAACUCCAGCAAAGAUAAGGAUCCUCUGUUUGUUGCUAAUGUUGGAGACUAUUCAAGUAUCACAAGAAUCAGCUCUGCAUAAUAAAAUGGUGAAAAAAAAACUCACACGUCAUAAUUCUUCUGUUUUUUUUUUUUUUUCAUAUAGGAAUGUUAUUUUUAAUUUUUUUUAGUGGCAGAACUGAUAAAAAAAGAUGUAAAUUAGAUGGAAAUUGGUUAUUGUAACUGUGGGUAAUAUUGCUAAUUCUUUUUGAGAUGUUUGGAGCUUGUUUGAGCCUUUUGCUUGUACUGUUAUUGAAGUUGUACAGCUUUUAAGUUUGUCA